UAUUCAGGUUUUUACUUGUUACAUUCAAAACUUUGCAUUAGAGUCUCUAAGCAUUUUAUAAUUAAGUAGUAGACAUGAAAUUUGAACUAGUGUAUUACAGUUUUUGAAUUUUAAAUGGUACAAAAUACUCCCAUUUACUUUUGACUUGGAUACCACAACAGGCUAAAAGGUUUAAAGUGAAUGGUUUCUCCAAAAGCACACCAGAGUCCCAAUGCCAUGGCUUGCUGUGCUUCCCGUUACUGCCGCAGUGUCCACACCGGCCCUGCCACCACCACCUGCUCAUCUGAAAAAUGCUGCCGAUGUGGAGUCUGCCUGCCCAGCAUCUGCCCACACACGGUUUAGUUACCGGAGCCAACCUGCUAUGACAGCUGUCCCCCACCGUGCCGCAUUCCUCGGCCCUGUGUGCCCGCCUGCUUCGUGCUCAACUCAUCCCAGCCUACCCUAGGCCUGGAGACCCUCAGCCUCACAACCUUCACUCAGCCCUGCUGUGAGCUCUGCAUCCCAAGCUGCCGCUGACGGAUGACUGCCUCGCUCAGUGCCUGGAGAUAACACUGAAGCUAUCUAUUCAGCAUUCACUUGCCUCAGUAGUUUAUCAGACAUUGAGGCAGACCAGAUGGCCUAGAUAUGCACAACCUACCUUUCAUCUUAGUGGAAAGAAAAUCAAGAAAUUUUAAUGGUUAUUUGGCUAACCAUUUGGUUCAU